AUGGCUCUGGCGUACGUGGACAUGUCAUCCGUUAUAGAAGUGCAGGAGCGGCUCACUAGUCAUGGAGGCAUAGGGCUCUCGAGCGGAAGUCCUGCUUACUCAGCGCACACCGGCGGUCACACGGGGAGGAACGGGCCAGCAAGCGGACACAGCGGUAGCCACGGCGGAUCACACGGUCCCGGCCCCACCAUGCAUCACCAGACGCUUCAGUCCGACUUCCAGCCGCCCUACUUCCCGCCGCCCUUCCAUCACACCACCCAAAGCCCACCGCAGCAACAGAAUCACGGUCUCGAUUAUCUGAGCACGGAUCCGUACGGACAGCCGCUGUCCUCGCUGCACCAUGCACCCCUGCACCACUACAAUCAGCUGGCUGGGCUGAGACCAUCGCAGGAGCAGCUCGGGCUGCAUCGAUCUCACCGUGAAUCCGAACUCCAGCAGCACGUGACGCAACUGUCGCACGGCUUCCCGUACUCCGACCGACGGAGUGACUACAGCGGUUCGAUCGGAUCCGGUGCCGGUGCAACCCGGCUAGGCGCACACGAACACGACCCUCUAGCGCUGCACCAGGCCCUACAGAGCUCGGUCGAUGACGGCCAGAACCCGGUGAUAGACGAAAACGCAGGCUUCAUGAGCGAUCUGCCGCUGUUGAAGAGUAAGUACCGCGAUCACUUCAAACGAGUCGGCCAAAUCAACAUCGGUUCGCCGAGCGACGUGUUCUGUUCAGUUCCUGGGCGACUCAGUCUUCUGUCGAGCACCUCAAAAUACAAAGUAACCGUAGCGGAAGUGCAACGCCGCCUAUCACCACCGGAGUGUCUGAACGCGUCCUUGCUGGGUGGUGUCCUGAGACGAGCGAAGAGUAAAAACGGUGGCCGCUUGCUGAGGGAGAAGUUAGAAAAGAUUGGCCUCAACCUUCCGGCCGGUCGGCGUAAGGCAGCGAAUGUGACUCUGCUGACGUCACUGGUCGAAGGCGAAGCAAUUCAUUUGGCACGUGACUUCGGGUACGUGUGCGAAACCGAGUUCCCGGCCCGCCAAGUUGCAGAGUAUCUGUCCCGUCAGUACUCGGAACCACAGGAGUCGUACCGACGGAAGGAGCUGCUUCUCAACACGAAACAGGUCACGAAGGAGCUGAUGGACCUUCUGAACCAGGACCGGUCGCCUCUCUGCAACACCAGACCGCAGCACAUCCUUGACCCGUCGAUACAGCGACAUCUGACGCAUUUUUCGCUGAUCUCACACGGCUUCGGCUCGCCGGCCAUCGUUGCGGCGCUGACAGCGAUUCAGAACUACCUGAACGAGUCCAUCAAACACCUGGACAAGAUGUAUCCGGGCAACGGUGGCAGCAUGGUCACCUCAUCGCUAGACAAGAACAAAAUGGAGAGCGACAAGAAAUGA